AUGCAGGGUGUUGCCAAACAUCCUGGCUUUCUUCCACCACGGAACGGCACUGUAACUCGUGUCGUCGAUCCGCCUCGCAAGAACACGUUUUCGCGGCUCAAGUCUCGCGACGAAGACUUGGGUGCGAUGAGCAAGUCGGAUACUCAGUCGUGGCGGAACGCGAUGAAAGUGAAUCCGCUGAAAGCAAAACAGAAAGAACCGCUUCCUCUCGUUCGGCAUGCAGAUAGAGCACUCUUUAUCCAAAAUCUUGACAUUUUCAAGCUGUUGAUUCUCGCAUACCCCAGAUACGCUGAUUCAAUAUUGAAGGAUGCUGUCGAAAUGGUAGGAACGGAGAUGACAAAGAGGGACGAACUCCGGGGGACAAUGGAUAGCGAUGAACAGAGGCUGGGAGGAACGGAGGAAAUGCUGGGUUGGCUGUCGCGCGAGGUGUCUUGGAGCAUCUUGCUCGGAUCCAUGGCUCUUCUCCUGGAUAUGAUCAGCGACUCUUCACGGGUGGAGGAAUCGAAGGAAUCUCUCAAAUAUGCUGCAUUGGUUCAUACGAGGCGCGCAUUCCGUUCAGCUGGCGGAAAACUGGCUUUGAUCGGUGUUGCCGUAGGCGUGCUUGUACGACUAAGGAACAUCCAGGUUAUCCGGCGCGGUGAAGCUGACUACUUAUGUCCAAACAUGCUGUUCCUGCCCAUGUAUUGGCGAGAUACGACCUAUGAUUUCAUUCAUCAUUCAAAGUCAACUUCCUAUGGCCCGCCUGUGAAAAAGCUGCCCUCAGGUCGCCAGAAUACUCGCUCGAUGUCACAAUCGGUAACAGCUCGAAGUUAUAAGGCAUUUUUCACGGCAUACUCGUGUCCCCUCAAUGACGACUCUGUCCGCCACAGGGAAGACGAUAGGACGAGAUCAUCGCAUCGUGCUCUAUACCAUGCUUGCAUCAUACUCCAUCUCCUCGAGUCGGACUUUCCUCUUCGUGAAGACACAUUGUCUUUGAUAGCCCAAGAGAUGAACAGCCUCAAGCCUCGCAUCCGGAGGGCAUUUUGUGCUUUGGCGGGUAAUGUUCUAUGGUCAUCGGAGACUUUGGAUACGCCUGCGUGGUUGGCUUUUGCUGCUGCAGUCUUACUCUCCUUCGAGAGCAGCCUAAAGACGGUUUCAAACAAUCCAAAUACUGGCGCAUUCGAGGGGUAUAUUGUGGUGGUGGUUCUGCUUGGACCUUUGGUGCAGGCCGGAAAGUUUGAUGAAUCUGUGGCCCGGAACACUGUGAUUCAGGCUGUUACUUCCAGUUCUGCGAAGCCCUCGUUCGUUCUCUCCGAGCGGGUUUAUCAGAAGCUCACUGAGUCUGAGGACGAGCUGUGGGAUUUGCGUGCCAUUGAGGCCGUGAUACGGUUUUUUAGCCAGGAAAUAUCCACCAACGACGCCAUCAGGUCCAAUGGCUCGUCUGCAGAUAUCCGAAGAGACAUGAACGGAGCGAUUGAGUUGUCUGCUUCAAAAUUCCCGGAAUUGACGUCUGAUCUGGCCGCCUUCGAUGGCCAAGCUCCGUCGCUUUUCCUGCCGACUGUGGUGUUUCAGUCGAGGAAUGAGAGGUUUUUAGAGGCGCUGAUUGUAGCCCAUCACGAACUCAUCUGUGCUCCGGCUCGUCAAACAUGGAUUGAUCUUUGCCAAAGGGCUGGGACAGAUCCCCACGAUAUUGUUAACAGUCACGUUGAUCGGCUUCUCUACUUAGUAUCCACCAAUACCUUCAGUGAGGGAUUUGGCUUCAAAGAGGCCAGCUAUCGUGCGGUGACAACAUUGGCUUUCGUGUCUCCAGAGAGUGUGGUACCACAAGAUGCAAAUGCCAUCAAUGGACUAUCCGAAGACGACCUAGGGAUUUGGGCAACCCCAGAGGGUACAACCUAUGUUGAUGGCGAGUCUUAUCAUCGUCUAGCAAGGCCAUGGAAACCAGAAAAGGCAAAGACGCUGAUAUCGCCAGCCAACAACAAGACUUCCUCCCCUACAUUGACGAAACAACAGCAAGCUCUUGUCAGCGCUCAACUGGAGAAGGAGUCCUUACAAUGGCGCCGUGUACAAUCUGUCAAAAUCAAUCUAGAACACAGACUACAUUUCGUUCGCAGCUUAGUGAGGGCAGGCAUUCCGCAAUUCAGCGCCUUCAUAUCGAACUGGCCCAGUGAUGUUCGGAACGUUUGGACAUGUUCAGGAAGGAGUAUCGUUCCGGAGGAGCUGCAAGCUGAGGCUUUGAAUUCUUUAGUCAUGAGAGUAUUGCACCGUUUGCGAUACCUCUCUGAGCAGUCGCUGUUCAAUCCCGCUACGUUCUCCUACAUCUUUCCUCUCAUCCGUCAUGUAUUGGCUCAAGGGGGAGUCUGCACUGAAGAUGGCGAAGAAAAUGAAGAGCAGCUUGCAUUAGCGCUGCCCACGAUCAAAUUCCAUUGCGGAGAAUUCGCUGAUCUUGACUACCCACGAGAACAAACAUUAGAAAUUCUGAUAUUAACGACCCGUCAACAACCCAAGCUCAGUCGGGAGGCGUCGUCAGCGCUUAUUGACCUCAGCGAGGCUAUAUAUCGGACAGCUUCAAAAAGCAAAGUUGAUAUUCUGUUGCAGGGGACGCUGUUGGAAGAAGCAUACGUGCAAAACUCAUGUCUUCAAUCCCUUCAGGGCAUGGUUAUAGUGCAUAGUCUUGAUCGCUCUGACCCUUGGCCGUCCCGAGUAGCAACAGCGAGCACUUUCAAGUUGCUAUCACAAGUCGAGCCAUUCUUCAAGUUUCUCAUUCAGGACGAGGCACUGGGUGAUCAUGAGCCGGAUGUUCGUCAAGGGAUGCUCUCUGCUGGGACAACGAUCAUCGAUCUCCAUGGCGCCUUGUGUAUAUCGAGUCUUAUUGUCAUGUUUGAAGGCCACUUUGGCAGUCCUAACUUAUCGAGGCACUCAAAACUCCGGCCGAACAAUCUCAUCGAGGAUUUGGCGAAUGGUUCGAAAUACGCAGCUCGUCGUGGUGCAGCGUAUGGUUUGGCGGGUGUCAUCAACGGUACGGGGAUUGCAGCAGGGAUGAAGGAGUUCAAUGUGAUCAAUCAUUUGCAGGCAGCUACAGAGGACAAGAAGAGAUAUGAGCCUCGCCAGGGUAUGAUGUUUGCCUUCGAAACGCUGUCCAGUUCAUUGGGGCGGCUUUUGAACCUUCGUUGGUGUUGGUGGUUCCUAUUCUCGAACAAGGUCUACGUGCGUGUGGUGCGGAUACCAAGAAGAAGAAAACUUCGUCCCAUAUCUCUCCGAAUUAUUACCGAUGGUGCGUAUUGUACGAGGGCUACAGCUGCGAAAGCGUUGGGAACGUUAGUAGAACGUCUGGGUGAGGGCUGCUUGCCCGACCUCGUACCUGGACUUCUGUGGACUCUGAAAACGGAUACAUCUGGUGUGGAUCGACAAGGCGCCAGUCAGGGACUGAGUGAAGUUUUGUCCGGUCUCGGAAUGGAGCGUCUCGAAGGGUUACUUCCGGAUAUCAUCGCGAACGCGCAAUCUCCUAGAGCUACCGUUCGAGAACGCUUCAUGUCGUUGUGGCCGAUGACGGCCGGAAGAAUGAUCAUAACCAACUAUUCGAACAGGGCAAUCGAUCUUCUUCUUUGUGAGCUUGAGCACGGAAUGUUUGAUCCUGGCUGGCGCAUCCGGCAAUCAUCCAUUACCCUUGUGGGGGAGCUUAUGUUCAAAGUUUCUGGCAUGUCAGGAAAAACUUGUGAUCUUGAUGAGGAAGACGUCGCCGAUGUCAGCACUGCAGAGAACUCUCGCCGCGCUUUAUCUUGUUCCUCAGCCGUCGAUAAAAAUCUGGAAGGCGAACAAUACUCCCCGGACAGUCCGAGAGAUACUUCCCAAACUGAUCAGUCAAACAAUUGUUCUUUUGAGCAACAAGAGACUUCUGGUCAUACAAUAGCAGAGCUCUGCCGCAAGUUGGGUGAAAAGAUAGUUGGCGAAAUCAUGGCUAUUCUCCUCAAAGUCAAGGUGACGUCGACCAACUCGCGGACACGGGAAGGCGUCUGCUUGGUCCUGAGUGCAAUCAUGGAAAAUUUCACCGACGCUCAACGAGAAGACCACGAAGAUGAUAUCAUAUCCAUCGUUCGCGUGUCCUUGGUCGACGACCAGGCUAAUGUUCGAUCCGCGGAGGCUAAAGCGCUUGAUAUGUUGCAAGAACAUAUGAGACCCAAGGCCAUCGACGAAACUAUCCCUACGCUUCUGGAAGCCCUUCGGCAGCCUGGAGAGAGUUUUGGCACGUCAUUGCAAGCGCUUAAGGAGGUCAUGAAUGUACGAGCGGCGACUUUGAUCCCGGUCCUAAUUCCAACAUUAACGGCUACGCCCAUGACCAUGUUCAAUGCUCACGCUCUUGCUUCCCUGGUCACUGUCGCUGGAAACGCCCUGAGCAAGCGGCUGACGGUCAUUACCAGUGCCUUUGUCAAAGUUAUCGAAGACGAGAAGGAUGAAGAGCUUUUAUCUUCGGCGGAUGAGGCGACUCGUGCAUUGUUCUGGUCAAUCAAUGACAUUGAAGGGUUGAACACUCUCAUGAUCUUGGGACGGUCGGUCGAAGCACGAUACCCCCAGACGGCGAAAGUUCUUCUCCAUCUUCUGUCGCUAUAUCGUGUAGACUGGAUCAGACAGCUUAUCUCUGCCAUGGAAGACGAUUACGAGGAUGUUUACGCAAAUCCGUUCCCAAAGACGAACUUGAAUCGCUCGUGGUCCCCUUGGGGCGGAGUAUCGAGUCUACAGGUGCUCGUUCCGGUCAUUAUCGCCGGUCUGACUACCGGUAGUAACGAGCAGCGGGAACAAGCAGCGUAUGCUAUUGAUCAUCUCGUGGAACUGGCGACACAGACGGCCAUUCUGAGUGCACUGACAUCGAUGUUGAAACGUAUACCUGCGUUCGUGAAACCGUUCUAUCCUCAGCUGCAGAGGACGUUUGUCAAGGGCGUGAGCGACCCCGCAAGUAUUGUCGUCAGGAAUAAAGCGGCCAAGGCGUUGGGCGUGUUGAUGAAGAGCCAGCCUAGGGUGGAUGCAGUUGUGACGGAGCUUAUCGCAGGAGCGAAAAGCAACUUUGACGACGGUAUUGGUAGCAGCGCAGUGGUGGCGCUUGCGCAUGUGGUGAGGAGUGCGAAGGAGAACGUAGGUGAAAGGGCGAGGGAAGCGUGUGUCGACCUUGCGAUCGAUGCAUAUAGGGGAAGCUCUGAUGAAUCAUAUAUGCAAGCUAUUGCGUCGUUAGUGGCAGCGUUAACCAUCUUCCCAGACAACCUCCAACCGGUUGUAGAUAGUCCUCUCCUGUUAACCUGCCCGGCGGAGGCCCAGCAUGUUCACCCGAGUGGCAGCCGUGCUGCUCAUCCUGUACAUCCUCUUGUUCUUCGUCCGACGUCCAUUUCUCAUAAAGCCGGUUCACUAGGUUAUCGAACCGUACGGCCUGGAAAAGGCCCACUUUAUAAAUGCGAGCUUUAG